CAGAAAGAGCCUCCAGAAAAGUCCUCCAGUGCAGCGCUGCCACCAUUCCGGAGCCACAGGCCGAGUCUCCUGGUCGCAGUCCGGUCCGGUCCGGUCCAGUCCGAGUCGGGAAUGUGACACGGUAGAAGCGGGUGGCAGAAGAUCGCGAAAACGCAGAGAAAUAAAAAGGAGGAUAGAAGCGGGAGUGUGUGGAGCGUGUGUGUGAUUCAAUGUGUGUGUGAGUGAGUGAGUGUGUGAGAGAGAGGUGUCCGUAAGCCUAAGGUGUGUAGGUCCAGCUUCGGCCGACGGCGCUGCGUCGAGGACCUCCGGGAUCUGCGCCUCUCCUCUGGGACCCAGGUCGACCAGGUAUUGUGCUCUUCUCCUCCGUGGUUCACUGAGGACUAGACUGGAGGUUUAACACACAUUUUGACAGCUGUGCAGUUCCAAGAGUUUAUUUAAAGGAGCUCAACAAGUGUGAAGGUGUUGACCAAGAUGUCUUCUAAAGUGCCAAGCUCAAACAACAUAGCCCACGCACGGAGAGCAGUGCAACAGCUGAGGAUAGAGGCCAACAUUGAGCGGAUAAAGGUGUCAAAGGCCUCAGCUGACCUCAUGCACUACUGCGGGGAGCACGCCAAGUACGAUCCACUGCUGAUGGGCAUUCCUGCUUCAGAAAACCCUUUCAAGGACAAAAAGCCCUGCACUAUAUUGUAAUGAGCCGCCCCAGUUCCUGUGCUUUUUAAUGUUUUUUUUUUUUUUUUUUUUUUUUUUUUUUUUUUUAUUGUCAGAAAUCCAAUUUUAGAUAAACAUUCUCUAAUUCUCCCCUUAUGUUGGAAUAAGUAAACACUGGUUGAAUUGCACACUUUUUUUUUUUUCCUUUUUCCACCGUGUAUUUUCUGGUCAAAAGGAGGGAAGAAGCAAAACAGAAAUUAUAACUUUUAUUUUAACUGGUGUUUCUGGAAACAGAGUUUAAGGAUAGAAGGUCAGGAAUGAGUACUGGUUUUAACAGAACACUGACGAAACUGUGCCAUUUAAUGUUUGAGACCGCCGUGGUCUGAGAAUAAAGAGCAGAGCUGACUUGUCAUUUACCAGGCUUUGUCAUCAAAACAAGAAUAAACAGUGCUCAUUAGUUACGACAUAUUGACUUCUCUCAAAACAUUUUUAGACUCAAUUACGGCAAUUCUUAAUUGGGUGUAGGAAUGUGGGUCUAUGUAAAUAACCAUAGUAGUAGUAUUUGUAAAACUGCUUAAAAGCACCCAGACUGGUGAUAUGUCCAACAAGACUGCUCUGAAUUAUUGAUGAGUAGCUGAAUAAGUCACAAAGGCAACAUAUAAACAACUGAAGACAUUUCUUUGUGUUAACUGGGGCAUGCGUCUUGUGAACUGUUCAGUGUCCAUUUAAUAGUGAUGAAUGGCGCCACAGAGAACAGUGGCAUCCAAAAUACCACGCGUCCGACGUGACUUUAACUGAACAAGUGACGUUAAAUAUUUGCUUGGUUUUUUUUUUUUUUUGUAAAUGUUGCACAAAUUAACUCGUCUACUGAGCAACAGAACUAAAGUAUGAAAGCCACAAUAAAAGCGAAUAUCUCUUCCUUAUGCCCCAGAUUAAGUAGGAUUGCUGGUCAGCCUUAAUACACCUCAAACUCUGUUUCCAUUCAUCUUCCACAAUAAUUUUGCAACGUCGUUCUUUUUGGAAAUCGGUGGAAGUUCACGUAGAAGGAGACGCAAGUCUGCAAUCCCCUUCCACAGCCACGUUCAGCAAACGCAUGUUUGGCUGGCACAAGCCAAAAAAAACCUUCUGCGGAGCAUAGUAUUACUUUAUUAUUAGAUCAUUCAUGCUGCGCUGCUGAAUUGCAGGAUACAUCAUGAACGUUAUCUGGAAUAACCUGUCUUUUUUACAUUAUUCAAAUUCACUGUAGUAACUGUUUUAACAGAAUUGCUCCCAACUGGUGCAAUUUUGUGUAUUAAUUAGAUACAUUUUUUAGAGUGCCCAACAGGAUACAGUUUAUAUAUUUAAUAAUUCUGAGUUGUGUUUAAUUACAAGUUCAACUACUGUAUCAAUAGGUUGAAUUCCAUACUGUACUCCUUUACCCUGUUUUGUAGACCCUUGUGACUAGUUUAGCUAACCCAGCCAGUGGUAGGUAAGAGGUUCGCAGGCAGUAUAAUUAAAAUACAUACUGUAGUUCAUGCUAAUAAUAUCAUAACCCUUUAAAUGCGUAUGCCUUACAGAAUUAUGAAGGAGUAUUUUUGUUUGUCAGUUUUUAAAGAUUGAUGCGAACCUAUGGUGUGUGUGUGUGUGUGUGUGUGUGUGUGUGUGUGUGUGUAUAUACGAUGAAAUUAAAACAUAAGCGUGCCGUUGUGUCUGCAGAUUGUUCCAGCACUAGAGUAAGCAGACAGUUUGUCUGAUUGUAUUUCGUACCCGGUGCUCUUAGUCUUAGCUGAAAGCUGUAGUCGUCAUCAGUGUCGUUUUGUCCAAAGGGGGGGGGUCCCUAUUUCGUGAUUUUUUUUUUUUUUUUUUUUUUCCUCCUCCCAUUGUGCUUCUGACAUCGCUGGGAUUCAGUGAUAGACUGCAAACCCAUAAGGGGAUGAGUACUGACAUUCUGUGUUUACAGCUGUAUUUUUUCAGUUUCUGAAAAACUGGUGGCUGCCUCACGUACCACAUUUCUAGGGGCAGAUUUGACUAGCUUACCAGCUGACUGAUGUGCCACCUUUUGUACUGGCAAAUUCGACCAGAUUACCAGCAAUGGCCUUAUUUAAAGUACAUCUUCGAACAGUUUGACCUCGCUGCACUGUUAAGCGACGCUCCAUAAAGAGGAGGUACAAUGAUUCAGCUGGCGAAAGACCAAGGGGGUGUUUCACCCCCCCUUAACCAUCCUUUGCAAAACCUUCACUAUAUUCUGUGUGGCAGCAAUUACACCUGCAACUGGGCUGCAUUUCCAUUAACUGCACUGUGCAUGAGAAUCAUUUUUUU